GUUUAUUUCAUUUUUGCUUGGAAGAAUAGUUUCUUAUAUAUUAACAAUCCAAAAGAUACAAAUUGCCUACUUUUUACAAAAAAUCAUAUAGAGAUUACAAUGAAUGCAAUGGUUCCAGAACCAGGUAUCUAUCACGCAAGUGGCGAUGACUAUCUGUAUUGCAACGCAGCCGUAUCUUCGAUGUGUAUGACGCAACGAUUGAGUUGUUUGAGAUGUAGUGAAAGAUUGCGCUGUGCAUAUCGUGAAAGUGAUGAUGAGUUUAGUGGUCCAAAAAUUUGCCCUUCUACAGGUAAAUUCAAUCUAUGUGAUUAUACUUAUAAAACCACUACCCCGACGACUACAACCACUACCCCGACGACUACAACCACUACCCCGACAACUACAACCACUACCCCGACAACUACAACCACUACCCCGACAACUACAACCACAACCACUACGCCGACAACUACAACCACAACCACUACGCCGACAACUACAACCACAACCACUACGCCGACAACUACAAACACUACCCCGACAACUACAACCACUACCCCGACGACUACAACCACUACCCCGACGACUACAACCACUACCCCGACGACUACAACCACUACCCCGACGACUACAACCACUACCCCGACGACUACAACCACCACGCCGACAACUACAACCACUACCCCGACGACUACAACCACCACGCCGACAACUACAACCACAACCACUACGCCGACAACUACAACCACAACCACUACGCCGACAACUACAACCACAACCACCACGCCGGCAACUACACCUGAUCCAAAUACAACUUUAACACCAAAACCGGUUCCAGUAGAACCUACACAAAGUACACCUGAAGAAACAUUUCCCGAUAACCCUGAAAUACCACCAUCUCCGGAUAUUCCUGAUGAGCCUGUAAAUCCGAAUGAAGAAAAAGAAGAAAAGAUACCAGGCAUUGUAGUACCUAUUUUAUCUGCAACAGGAGGAGCAGCAGCAUUAGCUUUUGUUGGAUACUCAGCAUAUUCGUUCGCAAGUCCUAGUGUAACUGCAAGAGAAGAAGAUUUUGCUGACAACGAUUUAAAUGAAAAUAACGUUGAGCAAACAGCUAAAAUUGACGCAGAAGCAUUUCUCUGA